AUGUAUUCGAGUCUCAAGUCCAGGAUAUUCGAUAAUAGUGUCUAUAUUUUAUUAGAAGAGUUUCAUUACGGUGCAAAAUACACGUUUAACAAUACUGAAAUUUACAAUCAACAUCUACAAUUGGAAAAGUCAGUACGUCAAGUAUUAACAAAGUUACAGAUAGAUUGUCAGGAUUACUAUUCAACUGAAGUUCACCAAUAUAAGUUUCUAAAGAAUAGUUCAGUUAAUCAGAUCACCUAUGAGGAAGAGUGCCAGAAAAUAGCAGAUAAAAAGGAUAUGAUACACCAGCAGAAAAUCUGA